AUGCCGGAUCCUUUCUGUGUAAUAGUUCAAUACACAAAAGGUGGAUCGGGAUCAUCAAGUGAUACAACUACAAAUACAGACACAAACACAAACACAAACACGGAUACAAACACAAACACAGGCUCAACCGGAACCACCACUUCUACUCUGGAUACCACCGAUGUGGACAAAACGAGUGUCAGUGGAUCUGGACUGUUCAUGUCUGUGAGGCUAACAGGUCUAACAUCAACUCAGGUCACCGACUAUCUGACCAAGACCUCCAGUAGUUAUGCCGGCCUUCAAGAUGCAGCGACCACGUACACGAACUUGGUAAAGGCAUCCUCCCAGACCACGAAAGUCACCUCAGACUUGAAGUUAAAGCGAGUGAUAAAGAUAGAUGCCACCACAGUCAGGGUAGAAUACCUCGCCAACGCUAAUUCCAACGUCGACCUGGCUGCCCUCAGGAACUCCAUGUUGCAGAAUCAGGACAUGCAGAAUCUGGAUUUCAAGUUGAAAAUCGUGGCCCUGGCCGUGGCUCAUCGCUGGUGCAAUGUCAAGUUAAAGGUCACAAACCGACAGUUCGAAACGGCGAUGUCUGACCCAACCUCUUCCGCAUUCAAGAACUUCAAGAAUACCUUCCAGCCAUUGCUUCUCACAGCGCUUCAGGAGAAAGUGAAAGCCGUCCGGAGCGUGGUCGUGAUGGAACUCCUCUCCGGGAGCGUGAUCGUCCGUGCCAGUGUGGAGUCGGACAGCACAUCCACGGCGAGCACGAAGACCGACAUUUCCACUGCCCUCACGUCGGUCAAUACCUUGGGCAGUUUGACACUUGACGCCACUAAGGAAGUUACGUCUGAGACGUACCUGUCUGGUGGCCAGCUGAUCAGCCCCGUGACUACAACAAGUACCGAUGGUAGUGAUAUCCUGAGAGAUACAGAAGACAUCUCACAAGGUGACGUCAGCCUGGCAGAGAGCGAGGCAGACAAGAUUAAGAUCAUAACCACCAAUUAUUUCUUCACGGUCACCAUUCCGUCUUUCUGCGCCGUCCUGUUGCUGAUCAUCAUCCUCCUGUGUUGCACGACCUCCAACUCCUGCCUCUGCCGAAUCUGCAGCAGCGACCCCAAGAACGUGCCUUAAGUCCACCCUCAAGGGGUGUUCCCAGACGAGGUCAGAGGGGCUCUUGAAGGUUAAAAUACCGAGCUAGGGAUGUUUCCCCUCUGUUCUGAAGGGGGAAUACUUCGGAUAUGUCGUAAAGUAUUCACGGAUGCGCUAGGAAAUGGCGAAAACAUCUAGGUGAAAAGACGAAAAUAUGGAAUGUUAAUUGGUAUACUGUACAUCAUAAAUUUUAAAAAAUGAUAACAAUUUUUUCAAGAGAAAAACGCUUUAUUGUAAUCAACAACGAUAAUAAAGUAGAGAGUUAAGUAAACAAAAUUUGUCACAAAAUUUAUGUAUGGAUAAAACAUAUAUCACGUAUAACGGGAAUAAACAUCAAAAUGGAAUUUAAUGGCAAGAAAUGAUAGUUCAGAUUAAGACUAAAAGAAAAUGUUUUGAAGUGUUAAUUUUCAAAAAAUAUCUUCAUAAGUACAACGAGAAAAAUAAUUGCAGAAAUGCCCAUUUAUAACAUUAGAAAUAAUAUAAAACAAUAAGAACUUUAAAGAUUUUAGAAUAUAUCAGAAACUCUUCUACCCUCUCCACCUGCACUGAAGACAUUAUUUCUUCUACAGUUCCCUUAUUUAUCCCUAGUGUUUCAUAAACGUGACUCAAGGACAAAGCCACUUCCUUGCCAAGCUUCUUUACACCAGAUGAGGCGAACAGGUUAAUCGUUCGCUAUAUUCAAGAACGAAAAUCCAUACGCCAUGGAAGUCAUAGGUGGCAGGGCAUGUACUGUCCAGGGUCACGUGCGAAUCUACGUACCUGCGAGACGUGUUUCCCGUCGUGCAAAAACGCUGUCGAGUUAUUGUGUGGGACGCCAGUGCCAAAUCAGACCGAAGAAAACGGGAAUGAUGAGGAGUCGAAGCUGAUCCGCGGAGCCUCAAGUUCCCUCCGAGUCUUCAAAUGAAAUGGAUGCCAAGGAGAAAUUUAAAAAAAAAGAAGGAGGGAAGAGCAACAGGCAUCGUAUAUUCGUUUUAAAUAUGACGACAGUGGAGAUGACCGGCGACGAAUCCCUUUCUCUCUCUCUCUCUCUCUCUCUCUCUCUCGGCUUGGAAAUACGGCGCGAGUCACGUACGCGCUCGAGAUAACAUUCGAUUCCAUGACGACACUCGCGUGGCUGUGAGUGAACUAGAUCUGUGAAAUUUUAUCACCCUCAUUUACGGUGCCGGUACGGUGGGUAUAAGAGUUCAAGGUGGCACUGCAUGACUAAGGUAUGGUCUUCAAAAGAAUGCCAAUGUGCCAGAGACCCGUGGAACGCCAGUAAAUAAAGUAUAUAUGUAU